AUGGCAGCUCCGACUGCCGUGGCAAGUCAAGACGAUGGCGAGGCUCAGCGUGCAGAGGACGUUGGCAAGGCAGCUUUGGGGUUGAUUGAUGUAGAGCGUUCCCAAACAAUCUUCAAGCUGGAAACAAGCUCAGUGUAUGGGAGCGGAUUCGCAUUCCCGCAGAUUGCCAGAAGCUCUGGCUACCAGAGCGUGUUUGUCACGCUCUGGAUAAGGUCCUACCUAGCAUUGGCUCUGAACUACGUGGUGCAAUUUGCGCUCGUGAUGUUUGUGGGUGAGGCGACCCAGAUCAUGAACCCGCUGGGCGGACAGAUGCACCUUUGCGACUUCGGCGCAGACUUGGACAUCUGCAAGGGCCCAGAGGCACCCUUCCAGCCACGAUGCACGGGUCCGGGGGGCACCCAAUUCUCGCCUUCACGACUCUAUGGCUACACCCAGUGGGCUGUGCAGAAGUUCACCAAACAGGCACUGGUGGAUGUGCUGCCAGACCAGGAAGACCUCAUCAACGAGAAGGUGGAUCCAGGAGAAUAUGGGCUGGAAAACCGCACCUGCCGUUGGGUGUGCUUGCUUCUGUUCGCACUGGCAGUUAACCACGAGAUCCAAGUUUGCUUUCGCAUGAUGGCUAUGCUCUGGUUCCUGCCGCACGCCCCAGACAAGUGCGACUGGAUCGAGAUCGACAAGAAAAACAAGAACAAGGCUAGCUACCGCAUUGCAGGCAUGCCCACCCAUUGGAAGCUCAUCACAGCCCUGACAGUUUUGAUCCCCAAGGUGACGCUCUGCUACUUUGUUCUCUUGGAGGGCACGACCCUUCUCAUGGAUACGUCGGGCAUCUUGGACACGGUCCUGGGGGCCAUGUCGAUGGCUUUCAUCUUGGACGUCGACGAGAUGCUGCAGGACUGCAUGAUCACACAUGCUGGCCGGAGCCUUAUCCAAAAGAUCCAGGAAAUCAGGGAAGAAUCUGAUCAAGAAGAUGCUGAAGCUGGUCCAACGUACCAUGUCAAAGGCCCCAGAUUCCUGGAUCUCUUGAGGCAGGUGGUCCCGUUUCGCCUCCUUGUGACCCUGGUGAUUAUGGCCGUUUUCAUCGACCGGUACUACCAGUUCAAGUGCGCCUAUCAGGAUGACCUGGGCAUGUGGGUCUCGAAGGACAUGUACCUCCCAGCCAGGGCAUCCUACUCGAUCACGGAUUUCUUCUUCAACGGCAUCUUCCACACGGUGGAGAAAAGCUCUGAGCCUUUCUGGACGAUGCCCACGCCGCCAGCCCUUCUCAAGUAA